UAUCAUUUCAAAUUCAAAUAGAGAAAGAGCCGUUGAGCCUAAAGCGACAGAUGGAAGGAGGCAUAAGCAAGCUUCGAUCUGUGCUUUCAUGGGCAGAUGAAGUAGAGGAAGAAGAAGCUGCUGCAGUUCAAUCGGAUCUACAACAAAACCAGAAGCCCAACCCAUUUGGCUCUGCAAGACCCAGAGAAGUCGUCCUUCAUGAAAAAGGAAUCGACUGGAGAAAACUCGAUUCCGACCUCUAUCGACCUCCCCGGUUAAGAGACGGAUCUCCUGCUCCACAAAGAGUGUUUCUCUUCACGCCUCAGGAACAGAUCCCUUUGACAUUUGUUCCUCCUCUGAGAUAUCCGCCGAAGAUUAUCGUGGGUCGUAUCUUGGAGACUGGAGAAACUGAUCGCCUGAGCAUUUUCGCAAAUGGGUUGCAGGCUUGUCGAUGCCAAAGCCCCCCCAUGUCCGAAAAAGAAAAUAGAUUCGAUGAAUCCGUAGGUCAAAAUAGUCAGCACUCCAAGAGCUUGAGCCCCAAAAGUCAACAAGCCGAUGCGCAAGUCUGCUGCAUCUCGGAACAAGGGGGAGAAAUCUAAGAGCACAGAAGAUGGAAAUGAAAGAAUCGAAGCUUCAGGGUCUUCGAGGAGUGGACUUGUCGCGGAGACCCACAAGCGAGGUAAAAGAAGUAACGGCCUGGACGAGUCAGUUUUGCGAGUCAUUAAUGGCGGAAAAAAUGGUGAAGAUUGUAAGGGCAAACGGGAAGGUGGAUGGAAAAGAAUCGAUAGGAGAUUUGCACGUAAAUCCAUGGGGAUGGUUGGUCAGAGGAGUAGUAGAGCAAAUAAUAAUGUUCAUGUUGUUAGCAAGAUCUGGAGGGCAAUUCAGUAGGGUUUUGGUUUUCAAUUUUCCAAAUUUCUUGUUUGAACUUUUUCGUGAUGUUGAAGAUUUUUCCAAGUUCUAGCAGACAAUGAUAGAAUUCAACCCAAUUGUUUCCAA